CAAGGUUUGGACUCCAUUUAACAUCAAGCGUCAUUUAGAGGAUUUUCAAGCCAUGCACCAGGAGCAGCAUCGUUAUGUGAUCGACAGAGCUGUGUACAGCCUCACAGAGUUUGACCGAGAAUUUGACAAGAAGAGUCGACAGUUUCCCAUUGAAGAGAAAGUAAAGAAAUUCUUCAGAUGCUCCGUGGACAGACUCUGUGGCCUCCUCUUCCGCCUCUUUCCCAUUCUAAGCUGGCUCCCCCGGUACAAAGUGAGAGAGAACCUGCUGUGCGAUGUCAUCAGUGGGGUCAGUGCUGGGACUAUACAAGUGCCUCAAGGGAUGGCAUUUGCUCUGCUGGCCAAUCUCCCGCCUGUCAACGGCCUGUACUCGUCCUUCUUCCCCCUCAUCCCGUACUUCUUCAUGGGCACGGCUCACCAGUUGGUCCCAGGGACCUUUGCUGUACUCAGUAUUAUGGUGGGAAUCGUGUGUUCUGAUCUGGCUCCCGAGUCGGACUUCACUUACUUCAAUGAGACUCUAAACCGCACAGAGGUGGACAAAGACCUCAUGAACGAAGUCCGACUGGGCGUAUCUGGAACACUGGCAUGCCUUACUGCUGUUAUACAGAUUGGCCUCGGCUUCCUGCAGUUUGGUUUUGUAGCGAUUUACCUGUCUGAGUCCUUUGUGAGAGGUUUUAUGACAGCAGCUGGACUACAGAUCCUCAUAUCUGUGCUCAAGUAUGUCUUUGGGAUAAAGGUUCCCCCUUACAGCGGUCCUCUGGCUGUAGUCUAUACUCUUUGGGAUAUUAUUUGUGGCCUUCAUAAAACCAACAUCGCCUCUCUCAUCUUCGCUCUGGUCAGCGCUGUGGUUCUGAUCGUGGUGAAAGAGCUGAGCGCUCGCUACAGACACAAACUCCCAUUUCCCAUUCCUAUUGAGAUCAUCGUUGUGAUUGUGGCCACAGCUAUUUCAGGUCCUCUGGAUCUUCCAAAGGUCUAUAAUAUGAGCGCAGUGGGGGAAAUCGCUCUGGGUUUUCCAGCUCCGGUCCUGCCCACAGUGAGCCAGUGGAGCGACAUGUUAAGUACAGCGUUCUCUUUGGCCAUAGUAGGAUAUGUCAUAAACCUGGCCAUGGGACGCACCCUGGCAGCUAAACAUGGAUAUGAUGUGGACCCUAAUCAGGAAAUGUUAGCUUUGGGCUGCAGUAAUUUUCUCGGGGCCUUUUUCAAAAUCCACGUGAUCUGCUGUGCUCUGUCUGUGACUCUGGCAGUGGACAGCGCUGGGGGAACCUCACAGUUUGCGAGUCUGUGUGUGAUGCUGGUUGUGAUGCUCACCAUGCUUAUACUAGGAGCCUUUCUCAAACCACUGCCCAAAUCGGUACUUGGAGCUUUGAUCGCUGUGAACCUAAAGAACACCCUCCUCCAGCUCGCCGACCCGUAUCACCUGUGGAAGAAGAGCAAGCUGGAUUGUUUUGUUUGGGUGGUGUCAUUUCUGUCCGCGUUCUUUCUCAGUUUACCAUAUGGAGUUGCUGUUGGGGUGUCUGCUUCGAUUCUUGUUGUGAUUUUUAAAACACAAUUUCGUAAUGGUUCAGCAAUCGCACAAAUAGGUGAAACAGACAUCUACAGAAACCCUAAAGACUAUAGUAAGAGUAUUUCAAUAACUGGUAUCAAAAUCCUCAACUACUGCUCCCCUAUUUAUUUUGCAAAUGCCGAGAUCUUUCGGUUGAGGGUCAUCAAAAAGACCGGUUUUGAUCCUGGCAAACUGCUCCUGACUCGACAGAAGUUCCUGGAGAAAGAAAGAAAAGAAAAGGUCCAAGAGGAGAAGAAAGAGAGUGCGAGGAGGAGGACGGUUACCUCUUUAGUGACUAUGAAGACUCAGACCAUAUCUCAGCUCGAACUCCAAAACGACUUUGACAUCACGGAGGCUACUACUCCCCCGGCUGACCCUCCGACCAGUUACAUAAACUUCGGCUGCAGAGACGAUGAGGAGCCUGUGCAGAGGGAGACGCGGGACCCCCCUGGCCCCUCUCUGCAGUCCCACCCGGUGCCCUUUCACACGCUGGUCCUGGACAUGGCUGGAGUCUGCUUCAUCGACCUCAUGGGGAUCAAAAUGCUGACGAAGAUGAGUACAAGCUAUAAAAAGUUGGGCAUCCGGUUAUAUCUUGCCAACAUUCAAGCUCAGGUGUAUCAGGAACUCGAGGAAGGAGGGGCCUUUGAAGACGGAAUCUCCCGCUGUGAUAUUUUCCUUUCUGUGCACGAUGCUGUUCUUUUCGCACAGCAGACAGCAACUGAGAGAAUCGAGGAAGAAAAAGUGGCAGAAGACCUUGACUUUGAGUUUAAUGACGGGACUGAUUUGGAAAAGAAAAUGUUUUAGGACUGACCAGCAUUCUGACAGUUUCUCACCAAGUUUACUCAUUAUCUUUAAAUUACUCUUUAGCAAAUAAUAAAUUCUUGAUUAAAUGUUGAUGUCUUAAUUUCUUGAACAUUUUAUUUAUUUAAAUCCAUGAACUCCAAAGUGAUGAAAAAUUAGAACCA